ACAGGCGCUGUGGCAUUUACUGAGCAAGCAGAAACUUGCUUUGACGCACGCCGAUCAGCUGGGCGCAUAUCGAGGGACGCGACAGGCUCCGUGUCUGUUAGUGUGGGGCUGCUUUCUGUUUCCGCUGCUGUUGGAAACAUUUCUCCAGACAGCUGUGUCAUCGUAGUAAAGAUAUGGCGUGUGACCGCUGGAGACAUGUUCAGGUUUAGCUAUGCUAUGGCUAGAAAGAUAGCAAGCCGCCAGACUGAAGUUGGUUUCAUAUUGGGAGUCUUCAGUAUCCAGCAACAGAUUGUUUGUCAUGGCAUCUUCACUGAAGUGUCUGGUUGUUGACGAUAGCAGGUACCAGAAAGCCUUCCAGCUUUUUCUGGAGCGCUCCUCUGAGCAUCAGUGCAUGCAGGACUUCAUCCACAAUAUGCUGCCAGGUAUACUGGCCAGUGUUGGAGAUGGAAAGUCCCAUCUAAAUGUCAUUGGAGUUGGGAGCGGAGCUGGUGAGAUUGACCUGGAGAUGCUUUCUGAACUCCGUCUGAAGCACCCAGGGGUGAAGGUGGACAAUGAGGUGGUGGAGCCUAGCAGCACCCAGCUUCAUAACUACAGAGUUAAGGUGUCACAGAAACCAGAGUUAGACUACAUCAAAUUUACCUGGAACAAGAUGACUGCCUCUGAGUUUGAGGAGCACUGGAGAGAGAAGAAGAUAACUAAGAAGGCUGACUUCAUUCACAUGAUACAGAUGCUGUACUAUGUGAAGGAUCCUGGAGCUACCGUCAGCUUCUUCCAGAGUCUCCUCGACAAGAAUGGGAAGCUUCUUAUCAUUCUCGUGUCUGGUGAGAGUGGUUGGGCCAGGCUGUGGCAGACUUACAGGAACCAGCUGUGUAACACAGAGCUCAGUCAGUGUGUGACCACUGGAGACAUCAGAAGCUUCCUGGACUCCAAGGGGGUGAGCUACAAGAGCUACGAGCUGCCAUCUCAAAUGGAUAUCACCGAGUGCUUCACUGAGGGGGAUGAGAAGGGAGAGCUGCUGCUUGAUUUUCUCACUGAGGUGCUGGACUUCAGUAAGACAGCCCCACCUGAGCUGAAGGCUGGUGUCAUGGAGUUGCUUCGGCACCCCGACUGCAGUGUGGAGUCCAACGGCAAAGUUAUCUUUAACAACAACCUUGGAGUGAUAGUCAUAGAUCAGCUCACUUAAAAGCAAGCACUUAGUGUAGUGAAUGUGCAGUAGAUUAACAACACUUUUAUUUGGUUUUAAACAGGGUAAUUGAUUCAAAUUGGACAGUGUCCUGUAACAUUUAUUGUAUGUAAAUCCAGCUCACAGAAUCAGUUAUUUUUUUAUUGAUGCCAGUAGAGCCUAUUAUUUCUUAAUUCUAUUUCUGUAUAUUUGUGCCUAAUGAAAAAGGUUUGAUUGUGAAUUUUUUCGCACCAAAUUUAGUUUCUUAUCAUGUCAGGAGCCUCCCAAACGUUCCAAAUAAUGUAACAUCAGAGUUUUAAUCACCUCCAGAUUCAAUCAUGAUAGCAUUUUUAAUGGGCUACAGCUGGCAGGCUGUGCUACCAACCCCAUUACACUAUUGCUCCCACUGGAUCAUAUUACUUUGGAAGUAUAAAAAUAAAUGGAAAAUUUAACGUUUAAUUUUCCAUGGAGAUUGAGCUGUUAAGUUUGAUAGGACGGACACUCCAGUGGGAGUGUCUGGAUUUCAUGUCUUUGCUUUUCAAUGCUAUCUAUUAAAACGGCUGCAGAACACAUUUACAUCAAUGACAGAACAUGACUAGACAAACUGAAAACCAGAAUUGCGGAAUUAGUGCUUGAAUUUUUUAUAUUUAAUCUAGUCUCAUUUCCACAUUAAUUGUUAAAAACAAACACAUUUCUGUUUCAUAGAUUCUUUUCCAGUCUCAUGUCAGUCAGACUUGCAGAUCAAGCAAUGGUACUGUCCACACAGUUGACUUUAUGUAAUUGAUAUCUACUUUAUUAUGUCUUCCCAAUGAAUACUUUUCAUCGAUUAUGAGUCUCUUGUGUGGCUUUUAGAUGCAUCAUUAAAAAUCGUAACCAAUCAUACAAGUUAUGUUGGGUUUUUAAACCAGCUGUAAUAACUUCACACAACUUAAAUUUAAUUAUACCCCAAGAAAUGUUACAAAGGGACAUAUAUUCUGACAUAACAUUUUAUAUAAUGGUUAGAUAAACACUGGCACAAUGGAGAAAGCUGCGUCCUCACCAUUUGUCCUCAGCCAAAAUCAUUUACACUGAUAAAUGAAGUAGUGGCACCAUCUUGAGGACAACAUCAGUCACUGUCUGUAAAAUGCAAGGAUGGGAAGGUCAAGGACAGAUCACUGAUCACCACCACUUCAAACAAUACAAAUACAAAUCUGACACACACUCAAAGAAACCUUGGCCGAAAAAUUUCUGUGCAAACUAAAAUUAAACUCUAAAUGAACAAAAUGUUGAAGGCUACAUAAAAAAAUGUAGGUACAAUUUAAAAGUACAAAGGAUUUGAACUUAGUCAGAACAUUGUAACCUUCAGAAAAGUAAUAUUUACUGCAGUGAUGUACUGAAUAGCAGUUCAUUGAACAUUUUUUAUUAUUAAUUGGUCCAAUUCCAACCAUUUUAACACUGCAAAGAAGGUCAUAUAUGUCUGUUUCUUAGUUUGUCAGGCUUUUUCUUACAGACUGUUUUAAGUACCAGGCCCAACUCAAAUCAAAUAGCUAAAUUUAUAGCAAAUAGUAAAUAAUAAUAGCAAAUGUAUUAAUCCUGAAGGAAAUUCUGGUUCCAGAUUUCUCCAAAGCCUCCAAAACAAUUACAAAAACAAUCACAAUAUAGGAUCAUAGCAGAAAACCAAUUAACAAAAUAGCGAACAAUAACAAUAUAUAAUUUAUAUAUCAAUAUAUCAAUAGAAAAAUAAAAAAAGAAAGUGUCUGAGUAAAGUGCAGAUGACAUGGCAGGAUGUAACAUACAGAUAUACUGUACAUGAUAAUAAACAUAAUAUAGUCUGUAGUAUUGCAAAUUGUAUUGCGCAUGAUGUUAAAUUAAUGUGAUAAAUCAAUCAGUUUUAAAUUGCCAUACCUCUUUAAUUACGUUAAUAUUUUCACAAAUCAUUGUUUUAUAAUGCCAGUGUAUAUCGGAGUAGGAUUUAGGUAGUCUUAAAUAAUUAUUCUUCCUGCAAAUCAGCAUGGUUGUUGAUCCUAAUGUGAUUUUUGGUGAACUUAUCUGACACUGGGUUGUACAGGGCUGCAGUCAAUCCUAACUCACAUUUAACAUGAUAUGGGACCCUAAAGAGGCCUGUAGGUUAUUACACAGCUCAUAAACACAAACAUGUUCACACUCAGCAGCACCAUAGAUCCACUGCUUCACCUACCCUAAAUAAUUGUAUUUAAUCUGUUUUUUAUAUUUAAUUUGUCUCACAUUAAGAAGAUUAUGUAGCCUUGGUGAAAAUACAUAUAUGUAUGUAGCCUUUUAGUAAUAUGUGAACUGUGGAAUCAAAUCUUGUGUGACUUGUAGUUUGACAGGCCUGUAACUUGUUUCAGAGUAGUUAAACCGGUUUCUUUGUAACUUGGGAAAAACUCUUUUCAUUUUAAAGUCUUCCAUAAA